AUGUCCGUGAAAGCCAUCAUCUACACCUAUAGAAAACCCGGUCUUUCCCUCAAAGAAUUCAAAGCUCAUUAUGAAGCACAUGAAAUAGCUGGCGAGGACUUCCCCCUCUCACAUAAACAAAGCUAUAUGGCACGUACCACGGUUGAAACACUCAUCGAGGGGUCAAGUGAACGGAAUGCGUUGACACCUGCUACUGUCCUAGUUGGAAAACAGACGGAUUUCGAUUUCGAUGCUUAUGCGGACCUUACUUUCGUGGAUCAGGCUGCUUUUCAGGCUUUUAGUGCUAAGGUUUAUGCACCCGAGGCGGCGGCGAGGAUUGCGGCUGAUGAAGAGAAGUUUCUUGGUAAGUCAAAGCUUGGGAUUUCGAUGCUUGGGGAUGUUAUUGAGACUACUAAGUAA